CCCACAAUAUGCAAAAAUAAAAAAGAAAAAUUUCGCUAAAUUGUAUCAGACAGAACGAGAACCAGAGCGAACGAGAGAGAGCAGAGAGCCAGAUAACGCUAGUGUCAAAAUCCCUUAUCAGAUCAAAACCUAAAUUAAUCUCCCAUUUCUUCAAUUCUUAAACUUCUCAAUCUCAGAUCCACUUUCUCUCUCCAUUUCUAUAUUUGAAUUGGCGUUUUCCCCCUUUUUUUACGUUGGUUUGAUAGGGGAGGUAGAAUUCUGUUGAUUUCCCUUCUGGUUUUUUGGCGGUUUUAUUACUAUGGCUUGUAUAAAAUCGGUGAAUAGAUCGGCGUCGGUGGCUCUGGCGCCGGAUGCACCGUACAUAGCAGCAGGGACGAUGGCGGGAGCUGUGGAUCUAUCCUUCAGCUCGUUCGCUAGUCUUGAGAUCUUCAAGCUUGACUUCCAAUCGGAUGAUCGUGAUCUUCCUUUGGUUGGCGAGUUUCAGAGUUCCGAAAGAUUUAACAGGCUUGCUUGGGGUAGAAAUGGAUCCGGCUCUGACCAGUACUCUCUCGGACUCAUUGCGGGUGGGCUUGUUGACGGUGGUAUUGAUAUUUGGAAUCCUCUGAAUCUGAUUCGUUCGGAGAGUAGUGAAAGUGCUCUCGUUGGACAUCUGUCGAAUCAUAAAGGGCCUGUUCGUGGUCUUGAAUUUAAUACCUUUACCCCAAACUUACUUGCAUCUGGUGCUGAUGAUGGUGAAAUUUGCAUCUGGGAUUUGGCUGCACCUUCAGAACCUUCUCAUUUCCCUCCUCUAAAGGGUAGUGGUGCUGCUGCCCAAGGUGAAAUUUCUUAUGUUUCAUGGAACAGCAAAGUUCAACAUAUAUUGGCAUCCACUUCCCUCAAUGGAAUAACUGUUGUAUGGGACUUAAAGAAGCAGAAACCAGUGAUAUCUGUUGAAGAUUCAGUUAGAAGGAGGUGUUCUGUCCUACAGUGGCAUCCUGAUGUUGCCACUCAGCUUAUUAUUGCAUCUGAUGAGGACAGCUCUCCAGCUUUGCGGCUUUGGGAUAUGAGGAACACAAUGACACCUGUGAAAGAGUUUGUGGGCCACACUAAGGGUGUAAUUGCAAUGUCAUGGUGUCCUAGUGACAGUUCCUAUUUGCUUACCUGUGCUAAAGAUAAUCGAACUAUUUGCUGGAACACUAUAACUGGAGAGAUUGUCCGUGAAUUGCCUCCCGGUGCCAACUGGAACUUUGAUAUACACUGGUAUCCAAAGAUACCAGGAGUUAUCUCAGCAUCUUCGUUUGAUGGAAAGAUUGGCAUUUACAAUAUUGAGGGUUGCAGUCAAUAUAGUACCGGGGAGAGUGAUUUUGGAGCAGUCACACUAAGAGCUCCAAAAUGGUAUAAACGUCCAGCUGGGGUGUCUUUUUGCUUUGGAGGAAAGCUUGUAUCAUUUCACCCAAAGUCAUCUGCUGCAGGUGCUUCAGAGGUCCUUUUGCAUAACUUAGUCACAGAGCACAGUUUGGUGAGUCGUUCAUCUGAAUUUGAAUCUGCCAUACAAAAUGGGGAGAAGUCAUCACUAAAAGCAUUAUGUGAGAAAAAGUCUCAAGAAUCUGAAUCUGAGGAUGACCGUGAAACUUGGGGCUUCUUAAAAGUUAUGUUUGAAGAAGAUGGGACAGCAAGGACCAAGAUGCUUGCCCACCUUGGUUUCAGUGUACCUGUUGAAGAGAAAGAAGAUCUACAUAAUGAUAUCUCCCAACAAAUAGAUUCCAUUCGGCUUGAUGAUACAGCAACUGAUAAAGUAGGAUUUGGAAGUGUUAAAGAGGCCACUGAUUUCCCUGUAGACGAUGGGGAAGAUUUCUUUAACAAUCUCCCAAGCCCCAAAAUUGGCACACCUAAAUUUACUUCUACUGAUGGCAUUGGAGCUGGGAAUUCAGCUCCUUAUCCAGAAGAAAUAAAACAUGAACCAGAUGUACUGGAGGAGAGUGCUGAUCCAUCAUUUGAUGAUAGCGUCCAGCAUGCUUUGGUUGUGGGGGACUACAAGGGUGCUGUUGCACUGUGUAUAGCUGCAAAUAAAAUUGCUGAUGCUUUAGUUAUUGCUCAUGUUGGUGGUACUUCCUUGUGGGAGAAUACUCGUGAUCAAUACCUUAAGAUGAGCCGGUCACCUUACUUGAAGAUUGUAUCUGCAAUGGUGAACAAUGAUCUCAUGAGACUUGUAAACACCAGGCCCCUCAAAUACUGGAAAGAAACUCUUGCUCUUCUAUGUACAUUCGCUCAGAAUGAGGAAUGGAGUCUUCUGUGUAAUUCACUUGCUUCUAAGCUGAUGGCCGUUGGCAAUACUUUGGCUGCAACUCUGUGUUUUAUAUGUGCGGGGAAUAUAGAUAAAACUGUUGAAAUUUGGUCGAGGCAUUUGACAACUGAGUGCAAAGGAAAAUCAUAUGUUGAACUUCUUCAGGAUUUGAUGGAGAAGACUAUUGUCCUUGCACUAGCAAGUGGUCAGAAGCGAUUUAGUGCAUCUCUGUGCAAGCUUGUUGAGAAAUAUGCCGAAAUUUUAGCCAGUCAGGGGCUUUUAACAACAGCAAUGGAAUACCUGAAACUUUUAGGGUCUGAGGAAUUGUCUCCUGAACUUAUGAUCUUACGAGAUCGUAUUGCCCUAUCCACAGAACCUGAUAAAAAUGACAAGACUUCAGCUUUUGAAAACUCUCAGCAGCAACGUGGGUUACCAUAUGCCGAACAAUCUGUUUUUGGUGCGUCUGAUCCCUCCCAGCACUAUUAUUCGGAAGCAGCACCAUCACAAGUUCAUCAAAGUGUUCCUAGCAGUCCAUACAGUGAAAAUUAUCAACAAACUCUUGGUCCUUCAUACGGAAGAGGAUAUGGUGCUCCUACUCCAUACCAACCUGCAGCACAGGCUGCAACAUAUCAGCCUGCACUACAGCCUGGAAUGUUUAUUCCAUCUCAGGCACCUCAAGUCCCUCAGCCAAGUUUUGCUCCACCUCAUGCUGCCGCUCAACAAGCUGUUAAGACUUUUGUUCCAUCAAAUAAUGUUCCUAUUCUGAGAAAUGCGGAGCAAUACCAGCAACCCUCAUUGGGUUCUCAGUUAUAUGCUGGGACUGCUAAUGCUACAUACCACCCUGUGCAACCUCCAGCUGGUUCACAAGGUCCUAUUACUUCUCAAGUGGGUCCCAUGCCUGGCCAUAAAAUACCACAGGUUAUGGCCCCCACUUCAACACCCAUGGGAUUUAGGCCUGUAACAAAUUCUGGAGUUGUACAAAGACCUGGAAUGAGUUCAAUGCAACCUCCUAGUCCUACUCAAUCAGCAGCAGUACAACCAGCAGUGGCGCCUCCUGCUCCACCACCUACAGUACAGACGGUUGAUACUUCAAAUGUACCUGCUCAUCAUAAACCUGUCAUUACAACAUUGACAAGACUUUUUAAUGAGACAUCAGAAGCUUUGGGAGGUUCACGUGCUAAUCCAGCUCGAAAACGUGAAAUAGAAGACAAUUCAAGGAAAUUUGGUGCCUUGUUUGCAAAGCUCAACAGUGGGGAUAUAUCAAAAAAUGCUUCUGACAAGCUUGUUCAGCUGUGCCAGGCGUUAGAUAAAAAUGAUUUUAGCACAGCCCUGCAAAUCCAGGUACUUCUUACGACAAGUGAGUGGGAUGAGUGCAACUUCUGGCUUGCAACACUCAAAAGAAUGAUAAAGACGAGGCAGGGUGUGGGUGCAAGAUCAAGUUAAAAAAACAAUCAUUUUCCAUUGCACAGGUGUGGUAAUGCUCCUUGGGCGCUGUUAUUUCUUUCCUUAGUGUACACAAAAAUAUGUUGUUUCCUAGGCUGCAACCACAGGGUUUUGGGUCAUAGUCCUACAUCUUGCCUGCAAAAAUCUCAGCUAACAGAAAUGCAAAUUCUGGAAGCAAUUAGGUGAAGGAUAGUUCUCAGGAUAUUUAAUGAACUUGUUGCCGAUUGUUCCUUUUUUUCACUUUGAUAUUUGUAGUAUUCAGAAAUAUAGAUUUUGUUUUUAGCCCACCAGUGUUUUGACAGAUUCAUUUUUGUUUUUCUUUGGGCGAAGAUCAAUGUCAUACAUCUUUCGUUGUCAA